CACGAGCCUCCUCUGGAGAUAAGCCUUAUCCUGCAAUGGCGCGACCACAGCAUCCCACGUCGGACUCCAGCGCUGACCUGGCACGCCGCACGGGUUCCUCCCUGUCCUCCCAAGCUACUUUAACCUUCUCCGGGCCAGCCAUGCCCAUCCUCACACCACGCCGUGCCACGAAUCGCGUCGAUCCUCCUGCGCGCCAUGGCCACCGCGUCUCUGUCCGCCGUCGCGUCGCCGCUGUCCGUCGCCGGGCUCAGGAAGCCGCUCGGCGCCGCGGCGUCGUCGUUCCAGCCCCUGCAGCCGAGGGCGAGGCCGGCCGCCAGGAUGGCCGUGCGGGCGUCGGCGGCGUCCAUGAAGGAGAAGGCGGCGGCCGGGCUGACCGCGGCGGCCGUGGCGGCGGCUCUCGUGCUGCCUGACGUCGCUGAGGCCGCGCAGUCCGGGCUGACACCGUCGCUCAAGAACUUCCUGCUCAGCAUCGUGUCCGGCGGGGUCGUCCUCGUGGCCAUCGUCGGCGCCGUCGUCGCCGUCUCCAACUUUGACCCGGUCAAGCGGGCCUGAGGGAUCAUUCGUUCGUUAGGAGGCACGUCUCCCCCUGUAUCAUGUAUCCAGCGGUAAACCAUUCUGUGUUAUUUUGGAGGCUGUUCGAACUUAUUUAUGAUACGGAGUUCGAGUUAAACCAUCGUUGCUUUUUGUUCAAUUUAUGCGAUUUUGAUGCUUCGAUGCGUGCAUGCUGUAUAAAGUUUAAAAGGUGUUUGUACUGAUGUUUUACUUUGGAAGUUCUUAUUAUUAUAUUGGAAGAUUAUUAGGAACA